AUGGCUGGCGAUCGCGAUUCAUCAACAAUAAUAACCACUGUAACAAUCACAGCAGCGGCUUUGAUUGCCACAUACUUGAUAUAUAGAACCAUUCGCAAAUCUUCUCAAAAAUUAAUUGGACGCGUCAAACAGUUAUACAUCUAUCCGAUCAAGUCUUGUGCUGGUAUCAAACUCGACGCGGCCGAUUGCAACAUUGACGGUUUUAAGUGGGACAGACGUUGGAUUAUUAUCGAUGAGAACGAUUUAUUUCUAACUCUACGCAGUGAACCGACGCUAGCACUUGUACAACCUUCAAUUGAGGAUGGACAGUUAAAAUUGACAGCACCUGAUAUGCCUCCUGUUGCGGUACCUUUGGAAGUGGCUGAAGGAGCUACCAGCAAAGAGAUCAAAAUAUGGAGAACAAAUAUUACAGCUUUCGACUGUGGCAAAGAAAUCGGAGAUUGGUUCUCCAAAUAUUUGAACAAGUCUAAUCUCAAGUUGCUCUUUAAGCCUGAUACCACACCUAACCGUUACGUCAAGGAUGAUUCUAUUUGGGGUGUGGACGGUCAAAGCAAUGAUCAGUGUGCAUUUGCCGAUUUGACUCCAUAUCAUUUGACUUUUACUGCCUCUUUGGAUGUUUUAAAUACAAAAUCAUCCCGCCAAAUCUCCAUGCAAAGUUUUAGACCAAAUAUUAUUGUAGAAACUGAAGAGCCGCAUGUAGAAGACCAUUACAAAUACUAUCAUAUUAAAGAUACCACAUUUCGUAAAGUAAAAAACUGCGAAAGAUGCCUGCUAACAACUGUCGACCCGAACACUGGCGUCCGGGAUGUAGCUCGAGAACCGCUAAAAAGUAUGAGAACAUAUCGCAAAUCAGCUGAUCCCAGACAGAAAAACAGCCCAUUAUUUGGCAUUAACACAGCAAUAGAUCGUUUGGGUCCUAUAGCUAUUGGAAAUUCAGUUUUUGCUAACUAA